ACAAAAAAUCAAAAAACAACCUUGAGAAAUGUAAGAAAAUAUGUCGAAUAUAUGAUCGAAAAUUGAUUUAAAACAGUCAUUAAUAUGGGAGCAAUCGUGUCUCAAGUGUAUGAAGGUGUACAGUAUAUGAUAGGAUGCAGUACAAAUAACAAAGCUAUUACAGGAUCGGAGACAUUUCAGAGAAAAGCGAUGCCAUUGAUAUUGAAAAGAACCGGGUCUAUGUAUUUUGAUGACGAUGGUGACUUAGCACAUGAAUUUUAUGAAGAAGUAAAGCCAACUAAACAAGGAGAAAAAGCAGGAAUGAGGCUCUUAACAGAAAGACUUUCGCCUCAAGGAGUAGUUGAUUUGCCAUAUCCCAGACUUCAUGUAGAUUUUCCAAUUGUAAUGUGCAAAGCAUGGUCCUGAUGUUAGGUUAUCUAGUGAUCAUUUUCAACCUUUUAUUUUCAAAGAAUUGAAUGCAACAUUUAUUUAAAGUCUAUUUGCCAUCAUGUGAAUGGCACAUGGUCUGUACAACAGAAUCCUACAUAGGAGAAUGAUAAUCUCAUCAUGAAUAUGCAUGAAAAGGAUUGUGAUAUAGAGUUGUUAUUGUCAAAGUCUGUCCCUCAUGUCAAUACUCCUUUUUAAAGUUCCAUUCAGUGACCAUGAAUAAUAGUUCCUAGCCGAGGCUGGAGUUUCCGCGCAUAGCAAAACUACAGUUUAUCAUGUGCCGAAACUCCAGCCUUGACUUGGAACUAUUAUUCGUGGUCACUGAAUGGAACUGUAAAAAGGAGUAUUGUACAUGUUCUGUACAAUAAUACAAUGCUAUAAGUCCGAAUGAUAUUAUCUCAUCAUGAAAAUUAAAUCAUUUGAACGGUAUGAACUUCAGAAAGGUGAAUAUUUCCUGACCCACACUUUAGAAAAUGUCUGAGCCAGUCUUGGUCAUAGAAACAGAUGACAAGUGUACCAAAAUAAGCAUACAUCACUUAUGCACCAUUAUUAAAAUUCCUACAAAACAAGUUAAAACAUCUAUGAAAGACCUUUUUAGUUUGGGGAUAAUGUUUUGACCAUUUCAGACUAGUAAUGUAAUGGUUGCAUGUGAAAAGAUACAUGUAUAUGGGAACAAGUGAAGCAAAGGAUCUUAAUCCCAAGCAAAUGACACAUGGUUUGAAAUAUUAGGACACAUUAAGCCCAACGUAAAGAGAUCUAUUCCAUCUAAUAUAUAUAUGAAACAUUUAGUCAUCGUAAUAAAACAUCAAAGUAAUAGGAAAAAAAUCAUGGGUUAUAAUGUAUCCCAAAGUAAUCCAGAGUAUUAAAAUCAUUAUCAGUUGGUCAAUAA